GGCUCGCACCCGCUGCUCGACACGCUGCGCCACAAGGCGGCGCUGCUGCAGCAGCCGCGCCUCUCCAACAACGCCCACCACGUGCCCCAGGUGAUGCUGCCGCAGGACAUGGCGACCAUCCUGACGCUGGCGGCGAUGCAGGACCAGCAGAAGGCGGCGGCGGCGGCUGCGGCGGCGGCAGCGGCGGCGGCCGUCGUCCCUCACCCCAGCGGCACGCCGCCCUCGCCUUACGUUCUCAUGGACCACUCGCCCAAGAACGGUGGAAGUCUCCUUCUGGGUCAUCGGAUGUCCCCACUAAGCCCCAGUAGAGAUGCAACAAGUAAUGGAAAGGCUGCUGUGCCUAUCGACUAUUCCCGAUAUGUUAAGCGCUUCUCAAGUGCAUUAGAAUGUGCCAAUGCUUACUGCAAAGAUCUCAAUUACAGGGAACAUUUCCAUUGCCUAGACUGCAAUUCCAGGGUGUUUGUGAAGAAAGAGGAAAUGAUAAGACAUUUCAAAUGGCACAAGAAACGUGACGAAUCUCUUCAACAUGGAUUUAUGAGAUAUUCUCCAAUGGAUGAUUGCUCAGACAGAUACAGAGGGUGCAGCCACAAUCGCAAGCAAACUCACUACCAUUGCAUCAAGGAGGGCUGUGACAAAGUCUAUAUCAGUACAUCUGAUGUGCAGAUGCAUGCCAAUUAUCAUAGAAAAGAUUCUGCUAUUAUACAAGAGGGUUUCCAGAGGUUCCGUGCAACUGAAGAAUGUGGUGCUGUGUAUUGCACCUUCUUUGGACAGAGAACAACACACUUCCAUUGCAGGCGUGAUAACUGCAAAUACACUUUCAAAAAUAAAGCUGAUAUGGAGAAACACAAAACAUAUCAUAUAAAAGAUGAGCAACUGAGCAGAGAUGGUUUCAAAAAGUUUAUGAAGAAUGAAAACUGCCCAUUUGAGAGCUGUCGUUUCUCGAGGGUUUGCAACCAUAUUCACUGCAUUCGUGCAGGAUGUAACUAUGUGUUGCACUCCAGUGGACAGCUGUUCAGUCACAAGCGUAAACAUGAGCGCCAGGAUUCAGAAAUGGCUUACCGUAAAUUUAAGUUGGCCCAAAGCAUGAUAAAAACAUUUAGUGAGGGUCAGCAGGCACAACAUCUUAGUCCAUCUUUCAUUCAUGCCUUCAGUGACCAGCUGACACAACCUUCUGAAUCACCUGUGGCCUCAAUUCAGACCUCUGUAAUACAGCAAGGACCAAGUUCAGUGACAGUUGACAGUGGUAUUUGUCAGGCGCAGGGUAAUGGUGAUACUGGUUCCAGUGAUAGUGGGAGAAUCACACCAGUCUCUGUUGCUGCUACACCUCCAAGCAAAUACAGUAGCACACCAUCACAAGGUAUUGAAAGUACAGCAGGUUUGCCUUCAACUCCAGGGCACUACAGUAUGUCCUCUCAGGAGCAAGCAAAUGCGAUGGAUCUUAGUAGUGAAUCUUUGUCCAGUCAGGGUACAUGGCCAAAUGAAGACUUCUGGCAAAAAUAUCUUGCACAUUAUGGUCCAAAUGAGAAAUGCAUUGGUGGUGGUCAGUGUGAAAAUAUUUUUAAAGAACAUUUCCACUGUGUUGCUGAAGGGUGUGAAAUGAGCUUCAGGUCAAUGGAAGGAGUCCGUGAACACGCACGUAACCAUGAACAACAAGAGCAAGUUAGUGAAGCUUUCUAUAUUACUGUGGAAAGUGGAAAUGACUGUCAAUGUGAAGAAGAAUGCCCAUAUAAGGGCAAGGACAAACAUUACCACUGCACAUGGGACAAUUGCCGUGAAAUCAUUCUUCCAUCAGAUAAACCUUUCCGUCGGUUAGAUCAUUACAAAAUGCAUGAAUAUUCUCGCAAAUUAAGCCUGACGAAAGACCCUCUUACAAUGACACAUCUGGCUACAUCCAUUGAUGGCAUGUUCCGCAGAAAGAGAGGAAGGCCACCAAAAAACAGAGUCAUUGAGGUGUGGAAUGACUAUUUUCCCAUGGCUCCUGGCUCUGUGAUGGACUCACCACAAGCCAUUUUUACUAGCUUCAAGUUGCCAAAGCCAUCUACUACCCCUACAAUGCCAGGAUAUGGCACUCAGCAACCAAAUUUCACAGUAUUAACUGCUGAACAAGUCAAUGCAAAUAUUGCUACAUCUCCUAGCAGUCCAGAUGAGAGCUCAAAGAGUUCAACACCCCAGAGGCUUGAUUUGCUGCAAGAAGGGUUCUUCUCAUAUGCUGAAGGGUCUCCCUGUCCUGAUGCCCUUUGUCCAUUCAAUACAAGGGCUCAGCAUUUUCACUGCAGUCAACCCAGGUGCUUCUAUGUAACAGACCGUGAAGACAUUCUGAUAAUGCACUCCAAAGACUUUCAUGAUAACAUUGAUAUUAUGGAAGGUUUUCUAUUCUUUGACAGAACUGUGGACUGUCGCCUGCCUUCUUGCCAUAGCAACAGGGUCAACCGUCAUUUUCACUGUAUGAGACCUGGCUGUGGCUAUUCCUUUGUACGUUAUUCAACAAUGGCUGUACAUGAGAAGAAACACCGUUCUGAGGAAGCAGGGAAUGGGGAAGCAGAACCUGAAGGUACUCAGAAGAACAAUUGUGAGUCAUCUCUAUCUGUACAGAACCUAGUGAAGACCAGUGAAAGUGGUAUGUCACCAGUGCACAUAAAGUCGGAGGUUGUCAAUGAGAACACAGUCCCUGUGAACUGCAGCUCACCUGUAGAGCCAGCUGUGACACAGACAUCUGCUCUCACAGUGUCUUCUCCAGAAACAUCUUUGAACAGAACUACAGUGGUGAAGGCUUCUGGGACUUUUUACCCGCUCUCUGCGUUUUCGUGCGAGCCGGUUGCGGGUGCGGGGGGGAAGGGGGGUGUUCCGAAAUCAUCCUGGGGCACGUGUCCCUCGUCCCCUCCAGCAUCUGCAUCCGCCAGGACCAUCAGUGUGCCAGAUACUACAAAGGGUGAACCCUGCUUUGGAGCUGAUACAUCAGCGCAGCAGUCACUGACAAGACUUCUGCAGCAGCCACAGAUUAUGCAGGAAUCGCCACCUCGUCCUGACUGGAUGCUUCCAGAGCGGCAUGCCUUUUCUGAACUGGAAAGACUUCGACCUCACAUAGCGAAGCACAGUUCGGGAGCACUAAGUCCCUCUGUCAUCAAGAAAGAAGUAGAAGACAACAACAAUGAAGAAAGUAGUGACUCGGGAAUCAAUUCAGCUGCAUGUUCUGGUGUUCCGGUAUCUGGCAGCAGUACAACUGGCAGCUAUGAGCAGGCCCAGAUCCUGGGACAUAGCAGUUCCAGUUCUGAGCCACCCCAGCCACAGGUUCCACCUCAGCUGCAACCACAGCCCCCAGCCCCUGCAGCGCCUCCUCCUCCACUGCAUGCACCAGUCUUCCCACCGCACUCAUCAGCUGCAGCUAGCUUCAAUGCAGCCAUGGCAGCAGCAGCUGCUGCAGGGCAGCAGUUUGCACUGAUAACAUCACAAGGACUGCCAUUCAUACAGCCUGGGUUACCUGCCAUAUAUUCAUCUCCUGCAGGUUUAAUGUUUGCUGCUCCUGUCCCGCCUCCUCCUGGGCUACACCCACAUCAUCAUCCCAACGGGUUGCUAGAACACCAUCCAAUGGUUGCAGAAUCUGAGCAGGCUAUGGCACUGGCAGCUGCUGCUGGCAUCAAGCGUUCUAUGUCACCACACAUUGGUCCUGGAGGGCACACACCUCUCGACAUGAGUCCAGAGGCGAAGAAGGCACGUGUUCAGAACACUAUGCGUAUACUUAAGGAUGAACCUGUCCCAGAUGGCUAUGUCAGAUUCAGGUUUAACGAAGACUGUAAAUACCCCCACUGUGGCUACCGAGAACACCAGACCCAUUUCCACUGCAUGAGAUCAGAUUGUGGCUACAGUUUUUGUGACAAGACACGCUUUGUGCAACACACAGCGAGGCAUGAGCGCCUGGACACACUAAUGGGGGGAGAUUUUCAACAGUUCCGGGCGAAUGUGGCUUGUGGGAGGCAAGAGUGUGUAUAUACAUCAACACUUGGUGCAAUGCAGAAUAAGGCAUCACACUUUCAUUGCCUGAAAUGUGAAUUUGUAUGUACUGACACAAAUAAAGUAGUGGCCCAUAGACGUCAGCACCAGAAACUUGACUCUAUUAUGGCAGCUGGCUUUGAGAAAUUUACCCCUUCGCAGCCGUGCAGCAUAGAAUCAUGUGCACAUUCAGGAAAGCAAACCCACUAUCACUGUCUGAGUUGCCAGUAUGCUGUUCUUGGAUUGUCGCAGAUGUCUGCCCACAAAUACAGACACAUGGAAUGAUAUAGUGACCCAGUUCUAAUGAUUUUUGUAGUGUAUGCCCAUCCUGGUAGAACAGGAUACCCAAUUCAUGGCAGUGAUGUUAUUAAAGGAAGAGAAAGUGUAAUUAGUGAUUUAUAAAAAUACAAUAUAUCAUAAAUGGAAAUAUGAUUGAUAUACUCAAAUACUGUAAGUAUUUACAGUGAGGAAUAAAAUCCCAGUCAAAAGGGGAGAUAUUCACAAUAAGUGUGAUUACUACAAGUGAGUUUUAAGACAACUUACUUUGUGUAAUGUGUACUGUCACAGCCACUACCUUUUUGUCUGUGGCUUCAAAAAGACUCCAGUAUUACUGUUCUAUGUUUGAACAUGAGAAACAUAAUGAUUUUUGUAUAUAAUGAAAUACAGUGCUAAACAUUUUUAAGUUUGUAAUGUUUAUUUAUAUAUUUGAUAACACCAAGACAUUACCAUUGUAACAGUACUUGUGUGACUGGAUAUCAGAAAGCAUUAAAUCAAAGUGAUUGUUAAUUAUUUAUGAAAAUCUACUGCAUUCAUUGCAAGUGUAUAUAUUUCAUGUUGAGAGAGAUAUGAGUGAAUGAGUUAUUGUGAUGUGUUAAGUUCGUAAGCAGAAGUCAUAUCAUAGCUCUAAGACAUUUAUUUUUUUGAAAUGAGACUGUGUUGUAAUCAAACAUUUGUGUAGCACAAACUAAAGUGUACAAUUAAUAUUUAUGAUAUGAAUGUGGCUUUGAUGCCAAAACAGAGACAUGAGUUACAAGAAAAUGGCUUACAAGCUUUCCUACAGCACCACUUAUAGGUGUAUACAUCUUAAGUGUAUUGUGUAUAAGUCUGUAUUAAAUAAAAGACAUCAGGAAAAGGCAACAGAAUGUGAAUAAGAAAUUGAAUCCACUGAUAAAUGAAUGGUUUAGUCAUAGUAAAAAUGAGCAUUAUUGCUCAUUUAUGUAUAUCUAGGGAUCAGAAAUACUUUGUAAAGACAACAAAUUCAUUUUCCAUUAUGUAGUAUUAUUAGCAGUUAUUUCAUUUGAAGUGGUAUUUGCCUUAUAUUUAGGUACAUAAUUAUGAUAUACACAUUAUUAUGACAGUGUAUUAAUAAAUAAUUUGUGCCUUUAGAAAAGACGUGUUGAGAUAUAACAAAACUGUAUCUAGUUUGGUAGAGUUUUUGGGUAGGUAGCAGUUGUGCCUUACAAGAUUCGAGAUGCCCCCUUUUCCAGGCCCUCUUCUGUAGUGCUUAUAUUUGUUCCAUGUAUUAAUCUCGUAUUCCAGAUGUAAUAUGUUUAUUAUACAGUAAUUGUACACAUAUGUUAGUCAUAUUUUUGUUGUUCAGAUGUGAAUAUGUAUUGUGAAUAGGUAAAUGUGAUUAUUCCAUAAAGAAAUUCUUGUAAGUAAACAUACAACAUUUAUACUGUGGCAUGGAUAAAUUAUAUGAGAUCACAUUUUAAAAAUGCUGGCCAACCUUCCAAAAAUAUAACAAUAAUAUAUUGACUGGAAUUAAAAAUUUUCUAAGAUAAAUCUAAUAGUACAAAAACUGUUUUAUAGAUGUUUUACUCUAAAUUUUAUAGUCCAAUUUUCUCUUUCAGAUAUGCAUUAAUGUGAAAGUGAAAGAAAAAAUAUUGAUUCACAAAUUUUAGUGCCUUAAAAUCUUUUAUCAAAAUAUGAUAUAAUUUUUCUAGUAUUAUAUGUAUAGAUGAUAGAUACAGUUUUGAAGACAGUAUUUGUUUAACGUUUUUAUAGUUUGGCACUCAGAGUGUCUGAAAUUAAAAAUUAGAGAUGUUUUUUUUUAAUUUUUUGGGGCCCGCCAGCAUACAAAUGUUCAGGCAGUGCUUAAUUUCAUGAGGUCAUGAAUAAAAAUUUGAGACUUGUCAUGUGUGUGAUACCUGAUUGGCUGUUAAAUUGCAGUCAUGGUUACUGCUGAUCAAUAACAAUAUAUAUGUAGCUAUUUAGAAUCGGAAUCAACAUAGGCUAUAAGCACAUUGACAAUGUUUGUUUCAGAAAUAUGAGAGGAAUUUUAUCUGAAAUCUAUAUCUGUUAAAAAAGUGAGUUGAUUUAUAAAACAAGAAGUUACAUUGGAAAUUUACCACAGUAAACAUUUACAACAAGCAUUAGCUGUGUGCCUUUUUCCAUAUUGGCUGUCAAAAUUGACCAACAUUUAUAAUCUCAAGUAUUAAGAAAAACAUGUGAACUUAAGUCUUCAAUGUAGAUGCAUUCCAACAUAAAUGUUUUCUUCUAAUAUCAGCCAUAUUUUGAUUUUGCCCAUAAUAAUUGUGUUUUGGGAAAUGAGAUUUUUUUUACCUGUGCCAUAUAAAUACAACAUUGAUGUGCAGAGUUUCCAUCAGUUACUCAUAAAAUGCCUAGUCUGCACUGUAUCUACUAUGUUUGUUUUAUAAUAAUUGUGGCUGCAUGUAGGAAAUAAGAAUAGGUAUGGAUAAUAUGUAAGUAAUAAUUUGAAAUGUGAGAAAAACCAAAUGAUUAUUCUUAAAAAAGAAAGUGUCUGUUGUACAAAGAUAUUUUAAGUAUUUCAUUCUGUGUAAGGAAAAAAAUGUUUAUCUUCUUUACCACAGAGAUUGGCUUAAUUGUUAUUCUUUCCUCUUUAUUUUCCAAACAUGGUUUUGUUUGAAAGUCAAAACAUUAAUAUUUUUGUUUGAUUAUUUAAUCCUAUUUUAUAAUCUUUUAUUUAAUUACCUGUAUUUUUGAGAAUAUGUACAGAAGUAUUCUGGAGUUUCAAUCAUACAUCAUUUGUCACUGUAUCUGCAGAAGUGCAAUACACACAUCUUCAGCAUUAAUCAAGUCCUUUCAGUUUACAUCACUCUUUUUAAAUUGCUUAAAUUUUAGAAAUCAAAAUUAAGUUAAAAAUUUUAAAUUAGGGAAUGCUGUUGAAGCUGAGGGAAAAGUACCCUCAUGACUUUCAGACUGUAUUUGGAACGCGUGUAGUAUAAUAUGAAAGAGGAACUUAAUGACUUUAAAUACAUCACCAUCAGGAAAACAAUUAUCUCGUUGCAUUAUUCAGUACUGCAUGAUUCAACUGAAAAAGAAAAGGUUGUCUGUAUAAUUUUCAAAGGUUUGUGCACUGUCAAUUGAAAUAAAUCUUGCUCCUGUGAGAUUCACAUGUAUGUAAGCCAAUAACGGCAGUUAUGCUUCAUGUGAUUUACAUACACAUUCAUAAUCAUGAAAAUAAGAACAUGAUGCUAUAUUUUCUAAAAACAUUUUGGGGAACAGCAAUUAAUCUGCUUGCAUUGGAUGAAAUUCAUAUAUUUGGCAGAAUCUCUAAAAGAGAAAAGAUAAUAAAAAUUCGUGUCCAUUAGGUUUUCAUAUCAUACUGCAUGUUUGAUAGCUGUGAAUCAUUUGUAAGCAUUAUUUCUCACACAGUGAAACGGCCUUACAAACAGUAGCUCUCAGUUAUUAGAAAAAUGUAGUCUUCAGUAGCCAGUAAAAUAGCUCACAACCCUUGAGAGCAUGUGCAGUUAAGUGUUCAAAAUGACGUUGAGCCAUUGUUUUCAUUUACAUAUAACUGUACAUUAAUUUUUGGUUUCUCUUAUCCUAGGUAAAAUGGCAUUAACUAUGUGUAUUAAUCCAAAUUUCCUCAAAUUUUCCUUUUUCUUUUCAUCAUUUUCUUUUGUAUACAGCCACACUAUGCAAUGAGAAAUCUUUUCCAAUGAUAUGUAUUACAGUAAUAUCUGAGACCUGCUAUUUCAUCUCCAACAAUAUCCAUUUCUUAUUUUAAAGGAGGAAAGUCUUGCUGCAUCAUUGUCAUUCCUCUUUCUUAUUUCAUAUUUUUAUUUAUUUGAAGACUAUUGCAUCACAUUUGUCAAUUAGAUCAUUCGUUUUUAGUGAGUGAUCUAACCAAUAUAUUGGUAGAGUCAUUCUGUUUUAGUUGCAAGAUAGUUUUUAUUUCACAACAUGUUCUGGGAAUUGUCCAAGAGAGUUUAAAAAUGUUCUAAAGUAAAAUGAAGAAAGGAAAAAUAUAUGAAUUUCUUACUAUCAUUAACAAUGUCUCACUUUUGUAAAGGUAUUGAUCAGUGUCUUCAGAUUUAAUUCUGCUGUAACUCGAAGCACUUGUGUUGAUAAUGCACUUUAGAAAAAAAACUGACUUUUCUUGUAGCUGGUACUUAUUGUCUUUUCCUACAGUGCCAAUAACUCUGGUCCCCCUCCCCCCCCCCACCCCCCCCCCACCCCAUUAUCAUUACUGUAAAACUUCCAUCACAAUUUGGUAAAACCUAAGCAGUAUUUAAUAAUAAUUUCCUUGAAAUAUAAGAUAAAUGAUAGAAUUUCUUUUAAAUUCUAUAUAGAGAUGACCUACACCAUUACAUUCAAUCAUUAUAUGCAGUUCUGUACCUUUUUAAAAGACUAAUUGAUGCAAAUUUCAUUCUUUCAGAUAAUUACUUCAAGACAUCUUCUAUUACAUACAACUACUCCAUUGUAGAACACACUAUAAAGUCUUUCUUUUGCUGCUAACUAUUGCUCAAUGACUUAAUUUUUUAUUGAAAAUACGUUUCAAUAGCUGCCGUACAUUUAUAACUCUUCCUGAUGAAUUAUUUUGUUACCAAAAACUUAAUAGAUUGUAUUGAGCUCUGACAUUAUCAUUUGCUAAGAGUUACAGCAACUUCUUUCUUUGUGAUUUGGUGGCUUAACUGAUUGAUAUGGACAGGCAUAACGAACAUUGUGCUGUUAAGUUUUUAAUUGUUAUUUGUUUGUCUCUUCUUUGCAUUAAAUGUGUGAGACAGUUCAUUGUGGCAUUUUCUGUGACCAUGUAACACUAAAAAUAUUAGUGAAAAUCUUCAGAGAAAAAUGUAUGACAGUUUCUAAAUAAUCUUAUUUACAUAUUUCAUUCUUCUUGCCCUGACAGUACCACUCAGUACCUUCUGUCUGUUGAUACUUUGUGCUAUGUACUGAUUUCAACAAUCUAAUGAUUUCAACCAAGUUUUACACUGAGAGACCACGUAGUUGAGUCAGCAAUAUUAUAUACAUUUCACACUGUAAGUACCAUGGUCAUUACAUUUAUUAUGUUUUACAGUUUCAGACUUGUAAAUUAACUAUUCUUAUGGGCCUAAACUAUGAAAUUUCUAUUUGUUAAUGAGUAUAAUGUUUUUUCUUCUGUUUUCUACAGUGCCCAAAUAUUAUGUAUUAUUAACAUCUGUUUUACAUGAGUUUUAACCGUACAUAAUUUUUGCCGAAUAUUUAAUACAUAUUUUUUCCCAUCCAAUAAAAGCUGUGAGAAACAACCAUUAGGGGAGAAGUUGCCACCGUUAUCUAUACACAUUUUUUCUUUUUUAUUGGUUCUGCGUGCCUAAGAAUAGGCACAUUAAUGAUAUUUGUGACAGUAUUUGAGAUUACAAAAUUCAUAAACUGCAGCUACUUGUAGGUUCAUCCAUUAGAUUUGUGUUUCACAUCUCGAAACUUUCCAGAAUACUCUGCAUGUGUGUGUGUGUGUGUGUGUGUGUGUGUGUGUGUGUGUGUGUGUGUGUGUGUGUCAGAGAAAAAGAGAGAAGUGCAUAUAUCACACAUCCAUAGUUUUACUAUGAAUAAUUCCAGCAGUUAUAUCAUUUUGUAAUAAAAAUGUAUACUGAAUGUAAUGUAUUUUUGUGUAUGUAUUCAUGAUGAGAAUAUAUGAAGAAUGGAACUUA